AUGGGUCCUCUACAGUAUUUAUUUCUCUGUGGACUUCUCUACACCCAAACCGACGGGUCUCGUCUUCGCCAGGAAGACUCCCCUCCCCGCAUUGUUGAGCACCCUUCUGACCUCAUUGUGUCCAAGGGGGAACCUGCAACUCUCAACUGUAAGGCAGAGGGACGUCCAACCCCCACAGUGGAAUGGUACAAAGAUGGGGAACGCGUUGAAACAAACCGCGACAACCCCCGUUCACACCGUAUGCUGCUGCCCAGCGGCUCCCUCUUCUUCCUACGCAUCGUCCACGGACGAAGGAGCAAGCCCGAUGAUGGCAGCUAUGUGUGUGUAGCCCGAAACUAUCUUGGGGAGGCCGUAAGCCGAAACGCAUCUCUAGAAGUAGCACUGUUACGUGAUGACUUCAGACAGAACCCACAGGAUGUGGUGGUGGCGGUCGGAGAGACCGCCAGUCUCGAGUGUCAGCCUCCACGCGGGCAUCCUGAGCCCACCACCUUCUGGAGGAAAGAUAAGGCUCGUCUCGACCUCAAAGAUGACAGGAUCACAGUUCGUGGGGGAAAGCUGACCAUCUCAAACACGAAGAAGAGUGAUGUUGGGAUUUAUGUGUGUGUAGCCACCAACAUGGUUGGGGAGAGGGAAAGUGAAAAAGCUCAGCUCUCUGUGUUUGAAAGACCAGUGUUUGUGCAGCGGCCUGUGAACCAGGUGGUCUUAGUUGAAGAGAGUGUGGAGUUCAGGUGUCAGGUCCAUGGUGACCCACCGCCUACUCUGCGCUGGAAAAAGGAAGACGUGGAUAUUCCCCGUGGCAGGUAUGACAUCAGAUAUGAAAAAGAGGAUUCCCUGCUGAGGAUAAAGAAAGCGUCAGUCAAUGAUCAGGGGACCUUCACCUGCCAAGCAGAGAACCGUGUGGGUAAAGUGGAGGCCUCUGCCUACCUGACUAUCAGAGAGGCACCCCAGUUUGUGGUGCAACCCCGUGACCAGAUUGUCGCUCAAGGACGAAAGGCUACCUUUCCCUGUGAGACCAGGGGCAAACCUCAGCCCACCAUCUUCUGGCAACGAGAGGGUAGUCAGGAUCUUCUGUUUCCAAACCAGCCAACACAGGGAGACAGCCGUGUGUCUGUGUCCAUGAAUGGAGAGCUGACUAUUUCAGCAGUGCAACGCUCUGAUGCAGGGUAUUAUAUCUGCCAGGCCCUCACUGUUGCAGGCAGUAUCAUGGCCAAAGCCCAGCUUGAGGUAGCUGACGCUCUGAAGGACCGCCCACCACCAAUCAUCCGCCAGGGCCCAUCGAACCAAACGCAGGCGUUGGGAGGUGUGACUGUACUUAGGUGUCAGGCGUCAGGGGACCCAGAGCCUACAGUCACCUGGCGAAAGAACGGGGCCAGUCUGCUUGGAAAGGAUCCACGGUUUUCUCUGCUGGAGCAUGGCAGUCUUCAGAUCCAGAGUGCCAGGCUGUCUGACUCCGGGUUGUACACCUGUGUUGCUACCAGUUCCAGUGGAGAAACCUCAUGGAGUGCCUACUUGGAUGUCAGAGACUCCACUGAUCUCACAGACUUCAUGUCCCACAAUGUGACGGCACUCCCAGGGCCACCCUCCAAGCCAGAGGUCACUGAUGUUACCAAGAGCAGUAUCUCGUUGUCAUGGGAACCGGGGCAAGAGGCGGGCUCCCCAGUGUCCUCCUAUGUCAUUGAGGCCUUUGGUCAGUCAGUGAGUAACAGCUGGCAGACAGUGGCAGACCAUGUGAAGACCACCGAGUUCACAGUCAAGGACCUACGACCCAAUACUGUCUACCUGUUUAUCAUCAGGGCAGUCAAUGUUCAAGGGCUAGGAGACCCCAGCCCCAUGUCUGAGCCUGUCCGGACUCAAGACAUCAGUCCCACGGCACAGGGAGUGGACCACCGUCGCGUGCAGAAGGAGUUAGGGGAUGUGGUGGUCAGCAUGCAUAACCCUGUAGUCCUUAGUUCCACUUCAGUGCAGGUCACAUGGACUGUGGAGAAUCCAUCCCAGUUUAUUCAAGGUUACCGUGUUCUGUAUCGGCAGACGUCAGGCCUGCCUUCCCCAGGGCCAUGGCAAAUACAGGACUUGAAGGUCUCCUCAGAGAGGGACAUGCCUCUCUCUGGUCUCAAGAAAGGCAUUGUGUAUGAGAUUAAAGUGCGGCCAUACUUCAAUGAGUUCCAGGGUGCAGACAGUGAAUCCAUGACAGCACGCACCAUGGAGGAAGCACCCAGUGCGCCUCCACAGCAAGUGUCAGUGUUGACAGUAGGGAGCCAUAACAGCACGUCCAUCAGCGUGUCAUGGGACCCUCCCCCCUCAGACCAACAGAACGGCAUCAUCCAGGAAUACAAGAUCUGGUGUUUGGCCAACGAAACUCGGUUUCAUGUCAAUAAGUCUGUGGACGCAACCAUCCGUUCAGUGGUUGUCGGGGGUCUGCAGGCAGGAGUGCAGUACCGCGUGGAGGUAGCUGCAGGCACCAGUGCAGGAGUGGGGGUCAAAAGCAAGCCCCAGCUCAUCAUCUUGGGUGCAGAACAGAGGGAUGUAAUGACGGGAUCGGAAGGUAACAACAGCAUCUCAGAUGUGGUCAAGCAGCCAGCCUUCAUUGCUGGCCUGGGAGGGGCCUGCUGGAUUGUCCUCAUGGGCUUCAGUGCCUGGCUGUACUGGAGGAGGAAAAAAAGGAAGGGACUCAGCAACUAUGCAGUUACAUUCCAAAGAGACAGAGGUCUGAUCAGAAAUGGAAGCCGUCCGGGGCUGUUGAAAUCGGGUGAUCCAGGCCUUCCCUGGUUGGCUGACUCCUGGCCCUCCACAAGCCUCCCAGCUAAUGGGGGCCUAGGGAGUCCGAAGGGUGGCAACAACUUUGGCCGAGGAGAUGUUUUACCAUCCGCUGCGGUGGAGAAGACGGGCACCAUGCUGUCUGAUGGUGCCAUCUACAGCAGUAUUGACUUCAUGGGGAAGGCAGGUUACAACAGCCCAGCGCGAGGCAGUCAGCCCACCCCCUACGCCACCACUCAGAUACUCCAGUCCAACAGCUUCCAUGAGCUGGCUGUGGACAGGCCAGAUCCCCGCUGGAAGGCUUCUCUCCAAGCCCAGCAGGAAAUGGCAAACCUGGGCUACUCGCUAACUGACAGAUGCCCUGGCAGUGGUACAAAGGUUGGGAAGAAAAAGAAGGUGAAGGGUGGAACAAAGACCUCUAAAUCUAAUGGGACAUGUUGGGCGAACAUGCCCCUGCCUCCACCACCCAUGCACCCUCUCCCUGGUACUGAGGUUGACCUUGACCAUUACCCCCAGGAAAACCACGGAGGAUACGACAGCAACAGUUGGGCUCCACCCAUGUCUGUCCAGACCUACCGCCACCAGAAUUUGGACAACGAGGUAGAAGAGGAGAGAGGUCCCACUCCCCCCCUGAGAGGAAGAUCAUCCUCGCCGGCAGCAGCGGCAGCAGCUCCUUUCAGCCAGCCCUCAUCCUCCUCUCUCGGCUCUGCCCACCACGAGGAAAUGCAAUCCAUUUUGCAGGCCCACUUGGAUGAGCUGACCAGAGCUUACCAGUAUGAGGUAGCCAAGCAGGCAUGGUAA